CCAAAUCUUGCCACCUCAUCUCAUGCAAGGGAAUGUUGAUUUGAAUGACUAUGAGGCAUUAUGGGAGUUAGCUGACAGGAUUGGGGACGCAAAAGGAAGCGGAAUAACAGAGGAAGCUCUUCAGUCUCUCUCAACCACACAAUUUAAAUCGGAGACAGUGGACACAAAUGACGUUAACGAGUGCCGGAUAUGUAUCUCGGACUUUGCUGAUGGGGACACCAUCACAUCCUUACCAUGCAAUCAUAGGUUUCAUAAACACUGCAUAGAAACUUGGUUAAAGAGGAAAGCUGUUUGUCCUAUUUGCAGAAAAGACAUUCAAGAGGGUGACAAGAAUUAAACUAGACAUUGUUAGUUUGUUACAAUACAUAAAAACUGAUUUUUAAAAAUCUUUAUAUUUUAAGAGUGACUGGGUAUUAUGUACAUUGUAGACAUGUAAAUUCAUAUUUUAUAACUUAACCAUUAUAAGAAAAAAAAGGAAAGGAAAUAUUGAAGACUGAGGUUGAAAUAUAUAAUUUAACAAAUUACCGGUAAGAAGAUAAUUUUCACAUUAAAUUUUCUUUGGUUGAAAGGAUGUUACAUUGUAUUAGUCCUUUUGUAAUACAAUGUGUUGAUGUGAAAGUGCAAUAUCAAACAACUCACUGUUGAGUAAAAUGGUCAUGCAAAAAUAAAUAGCACAACAUAUAAUAUUAGAAACAUUUUAACUGUUAUGACAUCAUUACAACCAACCAAGUUUGUUUAUACCUACAUGUAUACAGCUAGGAGUGUAAAAUUUCUAAGGGAGGGCAUAUUGCUUGCUUCUGUCUGUCAGUUGGUCUGUUGGUCCACCAUCAGUUUCUGUUCAUUUUUUCGCAGAGGUUGCACAUAUUGAAAUUUACAUGUGGUAAACAGAUUUAUCAUGGGUAAUAUAUUUAGGUCAAGAUCUGUUUCUAGUACAAUUGGGUCAUUUUGGACAGAGUUAAGCCCCUUGGACUGAGAAAAAUUCCAAUUAUUUGCAGUUUAUUUUCUUUGCAGAGGUUGCACACAUUGAAAUGAAAUUUGGUAUACAGAUUUAUCCUUGGGCAAUUUCUGGUUUGGGUACGAUUGAGCCAUUUUUGACAAUGUUAUGUCCCUUGGACAUAAAAAUUCCAAUUAUUUGAGGAAGGGGGGCAUAAGUGUUUUGCAAACAUCUCGUUUCCAUCUGAAUUGUUAAUAUGCAUAAAUUUUCUGCUGUUGAGUGUGUAAUAUGGUCCUUUAUUCAUAAAUACGUGUCCUGAUUAGAUUAUAUUUAUUACCGGGUAGAUGUAAGACCCAUUGUUACAGAUUUAGUGUAGUGAGUUUGUGAGGAUAUCUACCCUCAAUCUAUAUCUAACAUCCCCUGUAAAACUAUAUGUAUCGAAGAUACUAGUAUCAAAUGACUCAUAUGCCAAAUUCCUAGAACACAAAUUGAUUAUGGACUGUUAAUUUAAAGUUUGUACAUGUAUAUGUUAUUUCAACACUGAACAUAAAGAAUA